UCGUGCAGGAUCGAAGCUAUAACCGCUAUCAGCGAGCUUGUCCGAUCGGUGAGUCAUCGUUAGCCGCGAAGAGCAGGGGAUCGCCAUCAUCUCGGUGCUGAGGAUGGACUCGCGGAUCCAGGACGCGCCUGGCGACAUACCGUUCAAGAGGGACCACGACUCGGUCGACGAUUUCGAACAUCUCUGCCACGACAGCUCCCCGGACGAUCGCGCGGAACAACAACAUCAACAACAGCCGCGACUGAUAGACGCGCCACGUGUCGACGACCUGCUGCAUAUCGGCGACUCCUUCCGGGCGUCGGACUCCGAGCUGCUGCCGAGCGCGCUCAUCGCCGACGUCGGCGACGUCGAAACGAAAUCCGUGCCCGCGACGCUGCCGCCUUCCGCGGAGUUCGACAAGUGCGAGUCUAUGGCGCAGUCGUCGGAUCCGUUCCAGCGGCCGCUGGACCCGGUCGAUCCCAAGCUCGCCAGCAUGGCGUUCGUCGAAACCGAGCGGGCCUCCCCCGCGCGCCAGUUUCGCGACGAUGAUGACGACGAGAUUAAUCUUCAGCCGCCGCUGUUGCCGACCUCGAUCGCUUCCACCGUCAACGAUGACAAUGACUUUCUAUUUUCGUCGCCGGCGAAAAGCACCGAUGACGAGAACAAGGCCGACAGCAAGGUUCAAUCGAUUGAGGAACGCGAAGACCCGACAUUCGGUUUCGAUCAAGGAAAGUGGCACGAAACCGCACCGCCGAGCAGUACCAAUAUCGACGACUUUUUGCCGAGCGUGAAAUCGUCGGUGCUGCCGACAGCGGAGAAAUCGCCGGUGCUGGACUUCCUCGGGGAUGACAUCGUGCCGCCGAAGGAAGACAAGACUAAAAACAUUAUGGACGAUGAUUCGUGGAACGUCGUGGAGAAAACGGACGUGAAGCGGGAGCAGGCGAAGGAACUCGAGCCACCGAUGAAACCACUACCCCCCUUGCCCAAGGAGGCGGAGCUCCUGGAGAGUGCGCGCCAGGACAAGUACGAGAUGUCGCACGAUUUCCUAGUCGCGGAAACUGUCAAGGAUAAACCGUCACCGCCUCAGCGGAGCGUCGAUUCCGGGAGUGUCAAACGGCGCGAAGCACCGAAACCCAAAGAACCCGAUUACAUCUGCCCUCGUCCGGUUGGCAAGAAGAAGCAGGAAAUUGAGAUUGCGCCGAAGGAGAUAUUUAAAGACAUGGGAUUAGACGCAUGGUUUAACCCUGAAAGACUGAAUCCGAAAGUGGCGGCUCUGAUAUAUUGGCGGGAUCCCAAAAAAUCAGGGAUCGUAUUCGGCACAAUAUUAGGCGUGCUCCUGUCAUUGGCCUAUUUCAGUCUGAUUAGCGUACUUGCUUAUCUGUCGCUUUUGGUUCUCACCGGAACCGUACUUUUCCGUAUCUACAAAACCGUUCUUCAGGCAGUCCAGAAGACUUCAGAUGGUCAUCCAUUUAAAGAUAUCCUCGAUCUGGACCUGACACUACCAACUGAAAAAGUGCACGAAGUCGCAGAUGUCGCGGUCGCACAUGCUAACGCUGCGGUUAGCGAAUUGCGCAGGCUGUUUCUCGUCGAAGAUUUUGUCGAUUCUCUCAAGUUUGCCAGCUUACUGUGGUGUCUCACCUACGUCGGUUCUUGGUUUAACGGCAUGACUCUCAUCAUAAUCGGCGUGGUCGCUCUCUUCACGCUGCCUAAGGUUUACGAAACGAACCAAGAGCAGAUCGAUCAGAAUUUGGCCUUGGGCCGGGCAAAGAUCAACGAAAUUACCGCGAAGGUGAAAGCGGCCAUCCCUCUUGGCAAGAAGGCUGAACCGAUAAAGGAGGAAUAAGGAAGAGUCGUGCGUGACGAUAAUCCAGCGGACAGUCGCGACAGCAGAAAUAGAAAUGAUUAAGUUAGAAACGAACAAGAGAAACGUGAAAAGUGUGAGAAGAGUUUGAGAGCGCGUGCGAGCAGGACAAUAUACGACUGGGAGAGGUUUCGCAUCAUACAAUAUAAAUGGAGUUGGGCCCAGUAGUCGCGCUGGUGACGGGAUAGUUAACACGUGCGCUAAUAUCUUUGCGAGUUUUGCCGUUGUAUCCUGGAAGAAUAUAACACAAUGCUUUUCCAAAGUACAGCGAUCGGCGAAGCCGAACAGUUGUGCGUGCGUGCAUCAACAUUCUGAUCACGAGAGCAAUCCUUAUCGAGGAAGUAAACACCGCGAGAGUAGGAGAGAAUGAGCGGGAGAGAGAGAACGAGAGAAAGGAAAAAAAAAAAGAGAACGAGCGAGAGAAAGAGAAAGAAAGAAAGAUGAGCAACACUUAGCGAUUAAUUAAUCGUUUAUUAUCGCGGUAAAAAAGUGAUGGCAUACUUUUAGCCAGCUGCAACAGUGCAAUGUGCGCGGGGCUGCUUUCGAGGAUUGGAUCAGCCCUUCUCCUCUCCCUCCCCCAUUUUUCGUCGUAUUCUUCGACAAAUGUGUUUUAUCGUAAACUUCGUGUUUUUACCUACCUGAUGAUGUCCUUUGUUCUUCUUCGCAAAGAGAGAAAGAAUGAAAGUGAGAAAGUGUGAAAGAGAAUGAAUGCGUGUCUCUGGAUGUAUGCGAGAGAAUGAGCAAUAAGGCUGCACGUGAUUUAUUAUCGUAGUCCCGUCUUCGGAGCAUCGUAUUCAAUUAGCUUGGAUCAUUGUUCGCGUGAACCAGAUGUCACUGAAAAUAAUCAUUUUGAACUGUGACGCGACAAAAUUAUAUAGUGAGAAACGGAGGUGAUGGAGGAUCGUGAUACUUUAAACAUUUAACGAACGAGCAGGAAAAAAGAAACAGAGAAACGAGCGCGAGAGGUUAAACAUAUGAACGGUAUGUCCCUCGGAGUGAUAGAUCUUAAAGUAAUUGUCCAAUUUGCAGCGAUCUCUCCACCUUCUCGAUGUUUUAAGUUUGUUGUUGCGUUUGGGAGAAUCGAAUGUGGGUUAAAAUAACGCGUUAAAUUAUGCAGAAACAUAUAUAUUGUAUCUGUCUCUCAAUGACGUUGACGUUUGCAUAAUAUUAUUGCUACUGCAUCAUUAAUUGUAAUUACACCGUUAUAUACAUACGCAUGUGUAUAUAUAUAUAUAGAUUGUAUAGCACUUGUGUGCACAUUUAUAUAUUUAUAUGUAUGGAUGCACAUGCGUACUUAUGUGAAAGGAAAGGAUCGUCAUCAAAUAAAGUGAUCCUACGUAACCACAGGUACGGAGAGCACACUGAACGGUGAACGAUGAGGAUGCAACUUUAUAUUAUAUCAUAAUAUCUAUCUAUAGUUAUCGAGAACACGUGUUUUUAUCGGGACCGAUAUGGCAAAAUGUUAAGAAUGUGAAUUGUAAUACGCGUAUUGCUUCUUGUCGUUUUCAUUAUUGCAUCUGCAUCCGCACGAUUAAUUUAUAAAUAAAUGAUAUUAAAUAAGAUAA